AGGGCUGUCAGUGGGAACACAAUAGUCGUCGCGCAAAGUCAUGGGAACUCAUAAUUUACUACUCCUAUCGCUAGCGCUACUAGUCGUGGGCUGCGCCUAUGGACAGCAACCGCCCGGUGCUCGCCAACAGCGGACUAACAGCCCUAUUAUGCAGAUAAAGAAGUCGGUGGACAAGAAGUUGUGUUCCGACACCGACUAUACCCCGGAUAUUGUGGCCAAAAUCGAGGACUGCGACAAAUUUGACCCUCACUAUAAAAUUGAUAUGAUGUAUAAGGAGUGUCAGGAUCUGGUGCCUAAGGGUGAGCUCAGUUGGAAUGACAGGCGAAAAUAUAAUUGCAAGUUAUUUGACAUAUUACACCAAGUUCGCGAGUGUUAUGAUCGCAAGUUUGGGUCCAAGGAUUACAAUAAGACAUGGGAUGAGAUCCGCAAGUUAUCCGACGUUGAGAUCGAAAAGAGACAAAUGCAGAAAUUUGUGAACUUCACGUAUGAGAACCUAAAUGGACUCAAAUAUCUCAAUGCAGUCAUCAAUGAGACCCUACGGCUCGCACCCCCUCUCAGCUCCGUUCAGAGGGUGUCCGUCGAGGACUACAAACUCGGAAACACAGUACCGAAGGGAACUACGUUAGAGUUUCAGCCCUAUAUACUCCAUAGAGAUCCCUUGAAUUUUGAUGAUCCGGAACAGUUCAUACCCGAGAGGUUUGUGAAUCCCACACACCAUCCCUACGCGUUUGUACCGUUUGGUGGCGGACCCCGACUUUGCAUCGGACAACGGUUUGCCUUAAAUGAGAUGCGAAUGUGUAUCGCAAAGUUGAUACAUAAAUACGAGUUCACGACAGCACCGGGAUUUAAGUUGGACUAUUUCACUGGUAACUUUUUGCUAACCCCUAAACAAGUGUUGGUCAACAUUAAGAGACGUUAGACAUGAUUGAAUUUAAAUCAAAUAUAUUUGUCAACCUUUUUUAUACAUGGUCUUAUAUUCUAAUAUAUUUAUACAUGUAUAACAUAAAUUAUACUCCAUGUGCAAAUUAAAAUUUUAUUUCUAAAUUAUAUGGAC